ACUUUUAUGUCACUAACUGCAAUAGCUGGAUUGUGUUCUGAAUUAUUUAGUUGCAUUCUGUUUUUAUUCCUAAGUCAAUGGAUACUGAUUUACUGAGCGUCUAAGAAAUAGAGUAUAUGCUGAAAUAGUACAGUUUAAUAAUAAAUGUGUUUAGAGGUAAGCGUUGUAAAUUUGUUGGAAGUCUUGUGAUGUGUUUAUUCUGAUAGCGACUCGCUAUUCUCAAAUGAUUUCACUUAUUCAAAUGAUCUUUUCUUCUUUUCACACUGCUAUUCAUUUCGUUCUAAUGAGUAACUAAAUAAAUGUUAUUGAGUUUUCAUUUUUAAAGCACAUAUAUAACAACAAAAGUUGACUUCAAUCUUGGCCCCAGUUAAGAGCAUAUAAACGAAUAAAAAAAACCUGUAAUUAAUAAGUAACUGAAAAAUAAACUGCAUAAUAAAAAAAAAAAUUCUUGCCGAAUGAUAAUAUAUGUAUAUACCUUGUAGCUGCUACUAUAAUUUAUAAACCCUGCAUGAUUUUUUUAUUCCAAUUUAAAAAUCAGUGCUCUGAAAGUACAUUUUUUAACUAAUUUCUGUUUAAAACAUCUGCUAUGUGUGUGAUUACGACAUUUUGGUUUCCCGAGAAAAGCCUUUCUUUUCAAACUUACGAGUAAUAGAUUUCUAAACAGUUUGGAGAAGUUUACACAAAGAACAUCUAAAAUAUGUUACCAAUAAUCCUAACAGUAAAUAAAGGAUUAACAGGAUUGCUUAGUGCUCAGUUUUCAAUCCUAAAAUGCAUGUUGCUCCUAAAAUCAUGUUGUCACAUGCUUAACAUGGUUACUGACAAUGAGUGUGUAACAGUAAAUGAGAGGGAAAACUUAGUAUAUAAUACACUUUAUAUAUUAGUAUAAAAGAAAAUAAUAAACAAACAGUAUUUCUUAUUAUUGUUGGAGAUUUUCUACCAGUCUGUGGUAGGUUUUGCAGGAAGUAAUCUGCGUCAGAGAUGCAAAAAAGUUUAACAAACUGAUCAGAAAUGCUGCUCACUGGACAUUUAUGAGGUGGUGAUGGAAAAGAGGAUGCUCAGUACAAUCCAUUCUGUACAAUACACAGCAUUCCCUUCAUUAUCAGAAGAUUCAUUCAGCAUGGCAGUAUAAAGGAGCAGUACAGGAGGUCUUUUUUUGUCAAAUCCUGGCCUCAAGUGGUGACUUGAUCAUGCAUAACUGCACCAUUAAGCUCUUCAAGGAGUCCUUAUUUCCCACCUUCUACCUGCUCGUCUUUAUUCUGGGCAUCGUAGGCCAUCUCGUCUCCAUGUACGUCUUUUUCAAUGUGUGGAGGAGGAGGAAGGGUCUGACUACAGUCAAUUUGUUCAUGGUUAAUCUGCUGGUUUCGGAUCUUAUGCUGGUGUGUUCGUUGCCCUUCCGUGCUUCUUACUUCCUGUCAAACUCUUGUUGGAAUUUUGGCAAGGUGGCCUGCAGACUCAUAUUCUAUGUUUUCUACCUGAACAUGUACACAUCAAUCUACUUCUUGGUUUCACUGAACAUCAUGCGCUAUUUGGCGUUGAUGCAGCCAUACCGCUACAAACGCUUGCAGAAAUGGUGUAACGGGCAACUUGUUUGUAUUUUCAUCUGGCUGUUUAUGGGGCUGAUCAAUAGUCCUUUGCUGUUUUUGACCCAGAAAAAUUCUACCAACAAUGAUGCUUUACAGUGCAUGGAGCUAAGAAACAACAGCCAAACUAUCCAGACUUUAAUCACGAUCAACAACACAACUCUGACUUUGGGCUUUUUGCUGCCUUUGGCGAUCGUCUUAUGGUGCUCCGUGUUUGUAGCCUACAAAUUGUGGAAGUAUGGUCCAUCCCAGCGCACGAUCAACGUCUCAAGGAAAAAAGCCUUUGCUUUGGUCAUCAUCAGCCUAGGCUUCUUCAUCAUCUGCUUUUUGCCAUAUCAUGUAAUGCGGACAAUUUUUUUAUACAAAGAACUGGAUGUAAGCAACAACAUCGCCGGCUCCUGUGAGGACGUCUCGCUAGUGCGUAAAUUUGCAGUGGUGACACUUUGUAUGUGCGUAGCCCACAGCUGCCUGGAUCCCAUCCUGUUCUUUUUUGUAGGAGAAAAUUUCAGAACUUUCUUUGCAAAGCUACUAACUAGAAAGAAAAUACUUAUGGAAAGCAGAAACAGAAGCCAGCAGGGGGCAGAGUUGCAAAUCCAGCAGAAAUGAAACUGAAAUAACCGGACUAUAAGUUCAACUGACUCAAUCUAUUGUAAUGUGGGAAAAAAUGCAGAUCUGCCAAUCAGAGCUGCCUUUGCCAUGUUUUAUUUUUUGCCCUAUGCCUGUGUUUAUUUGUACAAAGUUCCUGUAAAAUUUCCUGUGAAGUCAUCAUAUGUGAUGGCAAGUUAUCAUGUCGCUCUAACAGCUCAAAUGUUUGAGAAGCAGUUCCAAACAUUACUCAUUCAUUAUUAAUGUAUAAAGCUUAGGUUGUAACUUUCAGUGUUCCUGCAAUGAUGUGAAAAGAUAUGAUGUUAAGACAUAACAAUGUUACAUACUUAGCAUACUUAAAGUAGUGAAAAUAUUCAUACUGAAAACGUUUGAAAUGUUUGAACCUGAAAAUGUUUACCUUUUGUACAGAAAUGCUUAAAAAAAAGAUAUAAAUUAACACAGUUCAUUUUUUUUGCAUACAGUAUACAUAUUUAAACAUAAAAUCAGUAAACCCACAAGCCUUGAAAAAUAACUAAUUUUAUCCAAUCUGGUUGGGAAAUUAAUUACAUUUCUGCAGAGUUGGACAGUAACAAAGUAAAUGUAACUUGUUACUGUACUAAAGUAGCUUGUACUUUACUCAAGUAUUUACGUUUGA